AUGUUGUCAGCAUCAUCAUUCUCGGCAUCACAACCCAAUGAUGAGCAACAACAACAACAACAACAACAACAACAGCAAUCAUCGGCGGUUGUUAUCAAUAUACCGAAUAACAUACGAUCAACGGAUAACAACAGUAACAAUAACAACAGCAACAACAACAACAACAGUAACAAUACUGGUACCAAUGACAGUGGUACCGUUAGUGCUAGCAAUUAUACUCAGGUUAUUAAACCAACAUGUGAAGCAUUCCAGGAAUUAAGCGAACGAUGGCCACCACCUCCUCCGCCACCACUAUCACUACCACCACCGUCAUUAUCAUUACCACCAACAGCAACUAUGCCGCAAUCGGUAUUACAACCUUAUCAACCACAUUCUGUUACCGCUACACCAUUUCAGUUGAUAUUUUCUCCGCCUCAACCAGAUUGGACUACUUAUCAUGAACAUCAUCCGCAUCAUAUUCAACAACAUUUAUUACAACAACAACAUAAUCAGCAGCAACAACAACAACAACAGCAUCAACAUCACCAACAAUUAUCAUUAAUGUCUAUUCCACAAGUUAUCCCUUCACAUCUUGCAAAUACCGGUGUAAUGGAAAUGAAACAAGAACCUGAACGUCCGGAUGUUAUACAACGUCUUUCUGCUGCCGCACCUUCAUCGUGGCCUUAUUCAUUUGCCCAAGAAGAUUUGCCCCUUUCAUCAUCGCAACUUGCUGAUGAAACAGAAUCCACAUGUUCUGAAGAUUUGGAAGCAUUUGCAAAAACCUUCAAACAACGUCGUAUUAAACUUGGCUAUACUCAAGCUGAUGUUGGUUUAGCGCUUGGUACCUUAUAUGGUAACGUAUUCAGCCAAACUACUAUUUGUCGUUUUGAAGCAUUACAGUUAAGUUUUAAAAAUAUGUGUAAGCUAAAGCCAUUACUAUAUAAAUGGCUUGAAGAAGCUGAUUCUACCAGUUCCUCACCCAAUAGCGCCUUUGAAAAAAUGACAGGACAGGGUGGUCGAAAGAGGAAAAAGCGUACAUCAAUUGAAGUACAAGUGAAAAGCCGCUUGGAAUAUCAUUUUCAGAAAAAUCCUAAACCAAAUGCCCAAGAAAUCGCUCAGGUUGCAAUGGAAUUACAACUGGAAAAAGAAGUGGUCCGAGUAUGGUUUUGUAAUCGAAGACAAAAAGAGAAACGUAUGACACCUCAAUAUGGUCAGGAACUUUUAUUAAAUCCUAAUAAUUAUCCACCGGAUACUUUUGUUUACACAUAG